GAAGCUGGGCGCUGCAAUAAUGGGAUCACUGAAAAGCAUCAAGUUUUUUUAUAUAAUAGUGGCGAUGCUUGGUUUACCAAGUACCGAAAUAUCUGCGAAUGUCUACUAUUCGCCGACACAGAUGUUUUCAACCAAGAUGGACCAGCUAGAAGAAAAGAUCAUAACCCGAUUUGAACAACACAUGGAGCUUUUUGAACAAAGAUUGGAGCAGAAAUUGGCGCAGCAGUUUACCGCAAUGCGGAAGUCUACUCAAACUAAGUGGCUACAACUAGACGAUAAAUUUGUCGAAAUGAAGAAGACGAUUGCUCAAAAUUCCGGUGCAUACUUCAGUUCCUGUCGGCUCGUUCCAUCCGAGUUCAGUAAUGUCUUCAUGAUCCGCCCGGCGGGACUCAAUACGCAACCCUUCCUGGCAUACUGUGAACAAGAUUUCCUCGGAGGCGGAUGGAUCGUAAUACACAAGCGUUUCGAUGGAUCAGUAAAUUUUACCCGUACCUGGGUGGAGUACAAAGACGGCUUCGGAGAUCCGGAUGGGGAGCAUUGGAUCGGUCUGGAUAAGAUUCACAAGAUAACACGAUCCGGUGACUACGAGCUGCUGGUGGUGUUGAAGGAUUUUGACGGAAAUGGCAAAAUUGUGCUGUAUGAAGACUUCAAGGUGGACAAUGAACGAGCAAAGUUUAAACUAAGACUGGGGCAGUUUGUCCAUGGAAAUGCCGGAAAUUCAUUGGAUUUCAGUAACGGGGUAAAGUUCUCAACAUACGACCAAGACAACGAUCAGCACCAGGAAGGAUCAUGUGCUGAAUUUUACGAAAGCGGAUGGUGGUUCACGGAUUGCAUGAACGCAAAUUUGAAUGGACUCUACCAACAAUACGAUCAGGCAAACAAAACCAUGAACUGGUUUGGAUUCCGGAAUGACCUUCAAGGUCUCAAGGAAGCGUCAAUGAUGGUACGCGAGAAAGCAAAAAUAUAAUGCUUCGAAUUUGUUUUGAUACAUAA